CGACGACACAAGCCCACGCGAUAAUCCUCUCAUCGCCGCACAAUGAACUUCGCCCCCUAUCAGGACGAAUCGCCCGAGGUAGAGCGCGCGUUCUCUCCCACUCUCGAGAACCGCGCCAAGUCCCCCGUUGCUCGAUCGCCUCUCAAUUCUCCCCCGAUUGCAGGCCUCACUUCCGCCGGCGGACUCUCAUCUCCAAACCAAUUCGGAGGAACUGGCCACAUAAACACUAGCGGACAUGGGAAUACGGGAUAUGGAUACGGAGAUGUGGAGGGCGGAAGGUGGAACCUAGGGGCAUUUGAGACGAGUCUGCCCAUCCGGAUGGACGUUGAAGCUAUGCUGGCAUACCUGCUUCUUCCUCCGGCUGGUGGGGUUUUCCUACUUUUGGUCGAACACAAAAGUGACUAUGUUCGGUUUCACGCAUGGCAGUCAAGCAUGUUGUUUACUGCCAUUUUUAUAAUCCACCUUAUAUUCUCCUGGUCGAGUUUCCUAUCAUGGAUGCUGUUUAUUUGCGACAUUGGGUUGAUCGGUUUUCUCAGUCUGAAAGCCUACCGCGAUGUUGAUACCCUCGAACACUUUGAAGUUCCUAUCUUUGGUCGAUUCGCAAACUCAUUUGUCGACAACGAAUAAACAGCAGGCAGUAUAUCCGUUGUUUCCCUGGUUUUGGCUUAUGCCAGACGACCUCUGCCUUACCGUGGCACUAUUCUGUGUAAUGGCACACUGUAUAUUGUUAAUUUGCGCAACGGGUUCUUUGUUGAACUGCUGUGUUACCAGUACAGGCAUAUUUUAAUUUGGCCUGUAUGAUGCUCAAUAGCAUACCCUAAUGGAUUAUGUCUUGUAUGUAUUAGAUUCCGGGGGAUUGUACAAGAUUCACAGAUAAUAAUGAAUAUUAUUGAUGUUUUAUAUUGAUGUUUAUUUACCACAUGAAACGUUCUCUCUCUUUGCUCCAAUUUCUUCUUUUAUUCCACACAAAGCAGAGUUACAGCUGUAGCUAUUAUUCAAAACAUCCCAUUCAAACAUCAUUGACUGGCCGCACCAAC